AUGGCCAAACGCUCACGAAGCCACUCGCGGAGCCCCUCCUUCGCCCCCGAGUCGCGGUCAAGGUCCUCAGGGUCUCCAUCAUCAACCAGCACAGACUCGCCGCCCCCCGAGCGCAGCAAGAUCCUCCACCGGGACGCAGUUCCUAUCACCGAGGUCAUGCAUUGCGCCUUACCGCCCCAUCGCGAGUCACUCUCGUUUGCUUCCUACGAGGACUACGAGGUGCACUACCAGCAGGCGCAUGUCAAUCGCUGUUCGCUGUGCAGUAAAAACUUCCCGACAGCCCAUUUUUUGAACCUCCAUAUCGAGGAGAACCAUGACUCGCUUGCGGCGGCCAUGCGGGGCGCGCGGGGAGAAGACCAUAAGCAUAUGUUCCCGCGAGUAUGGUCUUCUACCUUGUCCUCACAUGAAGGAAUUAUUACUGAUACUUACAACUUCUACAUUAUCAAUGAUGGCAUUGACAGGCAGACUUCGCUCCUGAGGCCAUUGAACAGCAAUCAUAGACGGCGCAUUUCUUCAGCCUCCAUCUCUUCUAUCCAGGAGGGACGACUGCGGCGCCGCAGUUCUGCAUCUCAGUCCACAAUUCCUCAAAGAGCAGAACCCCAGCCCAAAGUAUUGCAAGAGGACACAGCGAAUGACAUGGAAAUAGAUGGGCUGGCCCAGUCCAUGUCUGCCCUGCGCUUCGUGCCCGCGAGUGUAACGAGGAAUCGAGCCAAAGCACCGCAAAAACAUACUUGA